AUGGACCCCCCAGCGGCCAAGCGGAGCCGGGGCUGCCCCGCAGGACCGGAGGAGCGCGACGCCGGGGCCGGGGCCGUGCGCUGCCGGGGCCGGCCCGAAGCUCUGCUGGAUCUCAGCGCCAAGCGAGUAGCCGAGAGCUGGGCCUUUGAGCAGGUUGAGGAGCGAUUCUCCCGUGUGCCGGAGCCAGUCCAGAAGCGCAUUGUGUUCUGGUCAUUUCCACGCAGCGAGCGGGAGAUAUGUAUGUACUCAUCACUGGGGUACCAGCCCCCAGAGGGCGAGCACGACGCCCGGGUGCCCUUCACCCGCGGGCUGCACCUGCUGCAGAGUGGGGCCGUAGAUCGUGUGCUGCAAGUAGGGUUCCACCUGAGUGGAAACGUCCGGGAGCCAGGGGGCCCCGGAGAGCCCGAGCGGCUUUACCACGUCUCCAUCAGCUUUGACCGCUGCAAGAUCACAUCUGUGAGCUGCGGCUGCGACAACCGUGAUCUCUUCUACUGUGCCCACGUGGUGGCCCUGUCGCUGCACCGCAUCCGGCACGCCCGGCAGGUGGAGUUGAGACUGCCCAUCUCUGAGACACUCUCCCAGAUGAACCGGGACCAGCUGCAGAAGUUCGUGCAGUACCUCAUCAGCGCCCACCACACCGAGGUGCUGCCCACCGCCCAGCGCUUGGCAGACGAGAUCCUCCUCCUGGGCUCCGAGAUCAACCUGGUGCAUGGUGCCCCAGACCCCACAGCAGGCGCAGGCAUCGAGGAUGCCAACUGCUGGCACCUGGACGAGGAGCAGAUCCAGGAGCAGGUGAAACAGCUGCUGUCCAAUGGCGGCUACUACGGCGCCAGCCAGCAGCUGCGCUCUAUGUUCUGCAAGGUGCGAGAGAUGCUGCGGAUGCGUGACUCCAAUGGGGCGCGCAUGCUGAUCCUCAUGACUGAGCAGUUCCUGCAGGACCCGCGGCUGGCCCUGUGGCGGCAGCAGGGCGCCGGCAUGACGGACAAGUGCCGCCAGCUGUGGGACGAGCUGGGGGCCCUGUGGGUGUGCGUCAUCUUGAGUCCCCACUGCAAACCAGAGGAGCGGACGAGCUGGCUCCAGCUGCUUAGCAAGUGGGACAAGCUGGACGUGUGCCCGCUGGAGGAGGGCAAUUACUCUUUUGAUGGGCCCAGCCUGCAGCCCACUGCAGCCCUCAUCCCAGGCCCAGAGGAGGAGGAGGAGGUGAUGACAAUGGCUGCAGGUUCCCGCCACACCGUGUUUAGCCGCGCCCUGCAGGCUGGGUCACUGCAUUGGAGUGAUGACCAUCUGCAGAGGAUCCUGGCCAGUGACUCCUACAGCCCCAACCUCACAGGCAACGGGGGCAGUGACAAACCAAGCUUCGACCCCCAGGGCCGCCCGCUUUGGCUGGGCGAGCCCUUCCCCACUACCUGUGCUCGUGUGGACACCCUGAGGGCCCAUGGAUACCCCCGCCAGGCCCUGCGGCUGGCAAGUGCCAUAGUCAACACCCUCCGGCUGCAGCAGCGACAUCAGCUACAGAUUUACAAGCAGCAGAAAAAAGAGCUACUGCAGAAAGGUUCCACCUGCAUCACCAACAUGGAAGGAUGGGUGGGCCAUCCCCUGGACCCCAUUGGCUGCCUCUGCAGGGCACUCUUGGAGGCCUGUCGUCUAGAGGAGGAGACCCUCGCCAUUUACCCAGACUCGGGCCCUGAGAAGCGGAAGGUGGCCUACCAGCACGUCCCUGUGCCGGGGAGCCCUGGGGAGUCCUAUUUGGCAAUGGCGCUAGAGGUGGCCCUGCUGGGCCUGGGACAGCAGCGGGCCCUGCCCGACGGGCUGUAUGCCCAGGACAAGGUGGUGCGCAAUGAGGAGCAGCUGCUGGCCCUGCUGGAGGAAGUGGAGCUGGACGAGCGGUUGGUGCAGGUCCUGCGCAAGCAAGCGGGACAGCUGCUAGAAGGGGGUCCUUUCAGUGGCUUUGGAGAAGUGCUGUUCCGGGAGAGCGUACCCAUGCACACCUGUGCCCGCUACUUGUUUACCGCACUGCUGCCUCACGACCCAGACCUGGCCUACCGCCUCGCACUGCGAGCCAUGAGGCUGCCCGUCCUGGAGACAGCGUUUCCAGCUGGAGAACCUCCCAGCAACCCGCUGGACUCCAUCAUGAGCAACCGCUUUCCCCGCUGGUUCAUCCUCGGCCACCUGGAGACCCGCCAGUGUGAGCUGGCCUCUGCCAUGCUGACCGCCGCCAAGGGAGACCCCAAGUGGCUGCACACAGUACUGGGCUCCAUCCAACAGAACAUCCACUCUCCAGCUUUGCUUUUCAAGCUGGCGCAGGAUGCCUGCAAGACUGCCACCCCGGCCAGCGCCCCGCCGGACACGACGCUGUUGGGCAUUGCGCUGGAGCUGGGCCUUCAGGUGAUGCGGAUGACCCUGAAUACCAUGACCUGGCGUCGGAGGGAGAUGGUGCGCUGGCUGGUCAGCUGUGCCACAGAAAUCGGCCCGCAAGCCCUGAUGAACAUCAUGCAGAACUGGUACUCCUUAUUCACCCCGGUGGAGGCGGCCACCAUCGUGGCCGUAACGGGCACCACCCAUGCCACGUUGUUGCGGCUGCAGCUGGAUGCAGCCCGGCGGGAGGAGCUCUGGGCCUGCGCACGCACCCUGGCCUUGCAGUGCGCCAUGAAAGACCCGCAGAACUGCGCCCUGCCCGCCCUCACCCUGUGCGAGAAGAACCAGGCGGCCUUCGAGGCAGCCUACCAGAUUGUGCUGGAUGCAGCCGCCGGCGGCCUGGGCCACGCCCACCUUUUCACCAUGGCGCGCUACAUGGAGCAUCGCGGCCUGCCGCUGCGGGCCUACAAGCUGGCAACGCUGGCCCUGGCGCAGCUCAGCAUCGCCUUCAACCAGGACAGCCACCCGGCAGUCAAUGAUGUGCUCUGGGCCUGCUCGCUCAGCCACUCACUGGGCCGGCACGAGCUCUCGGCCAUCGUCCCCCUCAUCAUCCGCAGCAUCCACUGCGCCCCCAUGCUCUCCGACAUCCUGCGCCGCUGGACCCUCUCGGCACCCGGCCUGGGGCCCCUUGGGGCUCGCCGGGCUGCCAAGCCUCUGGGUGCCGACCGGGCACCGCUGUGCCAGCUGCUGGACGCGGCCGUAUCAGCCUACAUCACCACCAGCCACUCGCGCCUGACGCACAUCAGCCCGCGUCACUACAGUGACUUCAUCGAGUUCUUGGGCAAAGCUCGUGAGACUUUCCUGCUGGCGCCCGAUGGACACCUGCAAUUCGCCCAGUUCCUGGAAAACCUCAAACAGACCUACAAGGGCAAGAAGAAGCUCAUGCUCCUGGUGCGGGAGCGUUUCGGCUGAGGGUCGAGAUGCAGACGGUGGGGGCAUCCUCCCUUCGCCCCUGCCCCUGUGGCACUCGCUCUCUAUCAGGGGCGUCGACGCUGAAGGCCCGUGUGGCGUUUCAGUAUUAAGUCAGGGAAGGAGCCCAGCUGAAGCUGGGUGGUCUUGCCUGCCAUCCCCCACCCCCCAAGUCCAAAAGGAGGUGGGAGGCAGGAGGUGGCAUCCUGCCACGUGCGUGCCUAGGAGCGUGCAAGCGAGUGUGCAAGACACAAGGAUCAGAAGCCAUACCAGCACCCAGAGGCCUGGAAGGGGGUGUGUGCUUGUGCAGCUGGUAUGACCCCAUUGUGAGCACCCAGAAGCGAUAGUCAAGCUCUCCCUUCCCAAAGCUACAGCUCUGUCUGGAGCUGCAGGGGCAGCGGGGAGUGCUGGGAAGCAAGACUCUCCAGACACUGGUUUUCGAAGUCAGAGUAGCAUACAGACCCUCUCUGUGCCCAACUCUAGGUGGAUAGAGGGCUUGUGUUAGGGCAUCUAAACUUUUGUAAUACCCCCUCACCCUCCACCCGCUCCUCAGGGGCCCCACUGGUAGCCCUAUACCCUCUCCAGGCUGCCCAACGGGAACCAAUGUUUCACCCCCACUGAAGGAUUUGAAGAGGCUUCAGGCCUCGGCCACAUACCUCACCCCCUCAUCCUGCCAGGACUCUGUUGGGUGCCAGGGUCCCAGGGUAGGCUGGGGGAAUCAUUAUUGCCCCUCCCCCUACCUACUAGUCACUGGACUUACAACUCAGGAACCGAGCCAGACUCACAGUGUCCUCCAAACCUGGUGUGGGGGAAGACAAGCACAGGCAAGCCAGAGACCCCUCCCCCCGCCCCCUCUAGAAAGGGGCCAACAUCUUAGCAUUUUUUGGCUGGCUGUGUGUCUCUCCUUUUCUCCUCCUCUGCCUGCUCUGUCCUUCAUCUUAUUCCGUCUUCCCAUAUUUCCAUCUAGCCUGUCUUUCUGUUCGCAUUCCCAGUUGCUGUCUGUUUGGCCUCCCUCCCCCCAGCUUGGCCUAGGGAGAAGAAGAAAGUGUCCCACUCCCAAUCACCUGCCUCUGUCUUUUCUCCUCUUGUAAUUAAGGACAAAGAUCACCGAAUUUUGUAACUUUUUUUCUAUUUAUUGAACCACAUAUUGUAUUUACUUUUUUUUUUAAGAUUGAACACAGCUUGUUCUUUUAAAUUUUAGUUUGAGACUAAAGUGUGUGCUCCUCCCCCAAUGCGGCCCCUGCCCGGGCACCCUUUUCCCCCUGUAGAAAAUCUCCAGCCUCUUCUCUGGGAAUAGCUUCAAGCGACGGGUGCAAUGGGAGCCACUGUCGGCUGCAUCCAGUGCUAAGAAUAUGGAUGAUAGUAGACAGGGAUGGAGAGCUCACUGUGAGCAAGCCUAGUGUUUAUAUCUGUGCUUUACACCUGUCAUCUGUUACGACACCUAUCUGAGGAGAAAGCCGAGGCUCCAAAGUUUAAGGAAAGGGCGUGGAAUUUUAAAAAGUGACAGCUCUAGAUUUAGUACCUUGCUGGGCCCGGGACACUGCUCACCCCAAGCCGCUUGGUCCAUGCAGUGCUGAGAAUGGCCACUAGAGGGUGCCCUGGCUCCAGACACUCGCUAUUGAGGUUCCCUGUGUGCGUUCUCGGUUGCUCAGUCCUGUCUGACUCUGCGACCGACUGUGGCCGUCAGGGCUCCUCUGUCCAUGGGACUUCCUGGCAAGAAUACUGGAGUGGGUUGCCAGUUCUUACUCUAGAGGAUUUUUCCUCAACUAGGAUCGAACCCAAGUCUCCUGCGUCUCCUGCAUUGGCAGGUGGAUUCUUUACCACCAGGGAAGCCUCGCUAUCGGGGUUAUUUGUAAGCUUCUAAGCACGUGGCAGGGGUGGGAGGGUUCCUGUCAGGUGCUGGGUGCAGCUGGGUGGGGAAGACACAGCCCCCAAAAGCGGGAACGCGGUUUAGACUAGGCCUUGGUGGGCGAGGUUCUUGCGGAGAUGACGUGGGCACGGUCAAUACUGGGCGCGCCUAGGGCGUGUCUGGGCUCCUACCCAGCGGAUGCGGGACCUGAGGGGUGGCGGGAAGGCCUUUAGUUUCCUCUAAAGGUUUCCUGCCUUUAGAGACUGACGGACAGAGGGACUGACUGACUGGGUCGGCGUCAGGGCCGGGGCAGGCGAGGACAGAGGCUUCCGGGACGGGCGGGGUUCAGAGCGAGGCUGGGCGGGGCCAGCAGCUGGAGGACACCAAGGUCCUGCGCGCAGGCGUGGGCGGGCCUUCCCUGGCGCUGGGCAAGGCGAUUGGCUCUUGGCACCGCCCUGCGCUGGAGGGAACCAGUUGGAGGUGACCCCACCUUCUGCCCCGCCUCACACAUUCCCGCAGGUAUUUGAGGGGAGACCCGAGAGGACCCACAAGCUCCUUAGCGCCGCCUGGAGGCCUGGCAGGGUAGAGGCGGUAGUCCUGAGGGCUCUAUCUCAGCCUUGGCCCUUGGGGUUCCCGGCUGCCUUCAAAUGUUCUCAGACUUUGGGGCACCCCUUACUGUGCCCCUCGGCUCUCCAAGUCAUCUGCAGAUAUCCCCACAGACCUAGGGUGCCACUCAGGUCCCAGUUACAGCCAAACGUCCUCCUUGGGCCCACAUACACAAUUCCCCACCACCGUUCUCAGAUAGCAGACACCUCAAAUCUUACCCCCAAUCCAAGUUGUCCCUAUUUAUGUCUAAGUCACCCCUAAAUGUCAUUAGAUCAACACCAUCCGGUACCAGUUAUCUUUAAAUGUCCAGUGUUUUCUUCCAGGUCACCCUCAACCACCAGCUUAGAUUGGGUCCCAUUCCCUUCCACCUCACCCCUGAACAUGGAGCAUUCCUUAUCACCCUCCCAUCUAGGCUCCAGUUCUUGUCACCACACCGACCCUGAAUGUCUGUCCCUCCAGCCCACCCCUGAACCCCAGGACACUCAAGUUCACCUUUCCAUGAUAAGGGCACCCUUUCCACCCCAAAUGACUAAAUUGUCAUCUUCUCCAGAGUGGGCAGGGUAGGGCUGGGGAUCCUGGGAGGUGAGAAGCGCAGGAGGCCAGGACAAUAAAUUCAGACCCAUCAACCCUCCCCAGACAAAAAGCCAGGACUCCAGGGUUGCAGACUAGAAUACAUCACAAACCACCAGACCAGGCAUAAGCCAGGGGCCAGCUUUUAUUUAACUGGACAGCAGGCUCAAGACACAGCAGAGACUUCCCCAAGCUUCGCUGGAGGAGGGGUACACUGAGCCAACUCUUGACAGCUUGAGGGGCUUCACUCUACAUCCCUAGUUUCACCCCUAGAAGAGCCCUAUUCCAUCUGAUGAUGAAUACAGUCUUAACUCUUCCAUGCCCUGGACCCACCCAAGGACUGAGCAGGCCUGCUUGCGUCCUCUGGGCCCACAGGGACCUCAUUCCCCACCCCAUGUGCCAGGAGGGUGCCAUGGCCCCUCCUCCCAAGUUAGGAAGCCACAGAGCCCAGGGAGAAGGGGCCAGGCAGGUUCAGGUCAGGCCAGCCUGGUUCCGGAAGCCCGGAGUUGGCAUUUAACGGUCUGGGGGGCCCAAGGCAGCUUCCUCUUGGGUAACUGGCUGCUGGGAAGAUGCAGGCCAGCCAGGCCCCCACCAGGCUUGGACGAGGAGGGGCCGAGGGUCAGCCAGGCAAGGACACAUCUGGCUUCCUUUCUUCACGGAAGGGCCAGCCAGCCAGCCAACCGCCUGUCUGCUCAUCCUCCCUGGGAACACAGCCCAGUCUUGAGUUGGGACUGGGGGGGUGCGGGGGCAGUCCCCAAGUGCAGAAAUUGGAGUAGGGGGCCUGCAGCAGACAGCUGGGUUCACCAACCCCAUCCCAGGCUCCACCCAUCCCCAGGUUCCUCCUCUGGACCCAGGUCCCAGGCCGGCAGGGUCCUCAUUUCUUCCCCCAGGCAGCGACUGGCUCACCCAAGGAGGGCAGGGGCCACAGCAGACUCCAAGGGGGCUUGACUCCUGUUCCUGCUGAACUGAGCCAGUGUGCACAAAUCAACUGUGUUUCAGCUCAGUAGGCACGGGAGGCAGAGCCCAGGGAGGCCCCGAGGUUGGCCAGGCAGCAGAGGGGGAGAGGUGGCAGGGCCAGAGGUGGCGGCAGGGCCCCGGGGGGGCGGAACUUAGCCACUGUGAACACGACUUGAUGUGGACCUGCUCACAAGCAGCUAAGCCCUGCUCCCCAGGCCAGAUGUGAGCGGUGGGGGCCUCUCUGCCACCCCAUCCCCAUCCCCAGGGUCAGCGUCCUCAGCGGCGGCAGUGGCAGUGGCGGCCCCGGAGGCAGGGCUCAGGGUCGGUUGGAAAUCCCUGGCAAUGUGAUUUGUGACAGGCAGCAAAUCCCAUCCCCAGGAACCCCAGCCGGCCAUGGCACCAGGGUCGAGGGGCAGGGCACCGGGCAGGGCCAGCAGCUGGCACCUAGGAGAGACGAAAGGAGGUCGUGAGAUUUGAGGACACCUGCCUUCCAUGUCCCCCCUUGCCGCCAUCCUUUGAGGUCUCGCAGAGAAGCCGCUUUCCCCAUGUGCGUCCGUGCCGUCGCUUCAGUCGUGUCUGACUCUUGCGACCCCACGGACUAUAGCCCAUCAGGCUCCCCUGUCCAUGGGAUUC